AUGCUGAUCACCAGCACCAUCAUCAUAAGCAUGGUGGUCCAACAAAAGGUUCAAAGACAGCAGAGUGAGUGGCAUGGAUGGAAGCAUCGCAGGCAAUCUGAUUGCCUUCCUGAAUGCUUUAACCAGAAAGUCCAAGUGAAUUUGAAGACGAUAAUGAAAGAAGACAAUACUUUCUUUGACACCAUGGAUUUUCUUUCGCCGAGCUCUUUCAAAAGCUAUGGGUCUGAUUUUAGGAUUUCUUCAUUUUCAUCUGAUGAAAAUGAUCUUUAUACUUUUGACGCUGUUGGUUGUAAUGAGCAAACUAUUAUAUCUGCCGGAACUAUCUUUCCUCAUAUGAAGCGUCAAGAAAUUGCCAGACCCAGUUGA